CCUACUUUCGUUUAAUCAUAAGUUCACAGUUAUUAACCGUUAACGCACCACUCAACCAAUCAAAAUGAAAGUAUUUGCCUUCUUCGUACUCGUUUUGGCUUUGGCCGCCCCUGCCUUUGGCAAGACUUUCAAUCGCUGCUCCUUGGCACGUGAGAUGUCGCGCUUGGGUGUACCCAGGGAUCAAUUGGCACGCUGGACUUGCAUUGCUGAACACGAGAGCUCCUACCGUACCGGUAUUGUCGGCCCAACCAACUACAAUGGCUCCAACGAUUACGGUAUUUUCCAGAUCAACAACUACUACUGGUGCCAACCUGCCAACGGUCGCUUCUCCUACAACGAAUGCCGUUUGAGCUGCAACGCUCUGUUGACCGAUGACAUUAGCAACUCUGUGCGUUGCGCACGCAAGAUCCAAGGACAACAAGGUUGGUCUGCAUGGUCCACCUGGAAGUACUGCAACGGUGCUCUGCCCAGCAUUGACUCAUGCUUCUAAGCAGUGAAAGACUGAUGUAUUUCUUUGAUACUGAAUAAAAUUGACUAUUUGGAAAAAAUA